CCUACCGCAGGGACAAAGUGGGCGAACGGCAAGACGAAUCUGCUCUCGUGGCAGUCAGGCCUCCUAGAGGACCUGGACGAGUUCGACAUCGAGAUGCAGCGCUUUAGCGUCGCAGGGCUAUCAUACGUCGCACACAACGUCCCCGCGACGAUGAACAGCCUGAACAUAUACCUCGACAACGUCCCAACGGGCGACGACUACUACGUCAUGUUCCUCAACUGGACCGGCGGCACGCUCUACGCCACCUCGGACGCGUUCACCGUCGCGAGCACCGGCACCGCCACGAGCGACCCGAGUGCGCCCACCAUCUCUCUCACCCACAAGCCGAACACCGUCGAGCAGUUCGCGGCGACGUUUUCCUCGUCUGGCUUGCGCGGAUGGACGAUGCCGCAGGGGUCGUCGUUUCAGCUUCUCGUUGCGCUGUGUGCGGUCGCCAUUGGUAUACUGGGCGGUGCGCUGACGCUG